AUGGAUGAACCCGCUGAUUUCUGCACAAACCCGCCUUUAUCUCCGGGCGGAUUUGUCCAAGGGCAAGUUAGCAAGUUACCAAUUAAUUGUCAGGAAGUAAAUCUCAUAAUAAUGAAUGAUGUCUGCUGGGAAAAAAGAAAAGAAAAAAAAAAACCCCGCCUUCCCGUGGAGCUGGGUCCCCCUCCAGAAUCUCCCCAUCGUUGCCUGAUCACAGAGCGCGAGAACAGACUCACCUGGCACCUGGUAUCUCAGACAUGGAACUCCAUUUUCCAAGAACUCCCAUUCGCGCCGUUGCCGCUGGAGACCUUAUUAAGAUACGUCUCUGGACAUGGCAUCGUGCACCAAAGAGCCUGCAUCUGUAUUCAGUCUCAAGUUCAAAAGACACUCCAAACAAAGACCUGCGCAACCACUAUUUUGCUCCGUGCAUUGAAGCCAGAACAGAGCAAUCCUCGUCACUCUCCAACAAGAUAUACUAUUUGCAUUCAUAGAUGCCCGUCUCAAGACCUGUCAGACCUUCAACGGAGGUCGAAUCAUAGCCUCACUACUGUUAGCCGCAGGCGCAAAUAUCAACAGCGGUCAAUUUAUUCCGACCCGACUCCGCUGAUGCAUGCCGUUCGAGCCGACCAACCUCAGGUGGUCAGGUUUUCCACUGGGGUGGUGUGCGGUGGAUGA